CUUCCUGAAAGAAAGCUCCAGAUGAGACUUGACUUUUUGGAAGUGGAUCCUGAACAGGACGUAACAGUACCAGGAAGGCGGAGUCUCAGUUCUAUACCGGGACACGUCCGACAGAGGAAGAGCCGCCAUCUGGUGUCAGCGGGUCACUUCUUUUUUUUCUACCACUCACGUUAGUAGGAGGUCGGCACACUCACGCGCACGCACGUGCACACGCACACACACAAGCAACCUGCGUGAGCUAGCACGAGAUGUUCCACAUGAGCCGCUUCUUCUUCUUCUGACAACUUCAGCGGGACAAUCGUUAACGGGAUUCUACGAGAAUGUCUCGGCGGGACCAAAGGUUUCAACGGGGGAUGAAAGGACGGUGCUGGGAAUGCAGCUGCACCCUGUCUCACUGGUACUACGAGCGAGAGGGACAACUGUUCUGCAAGAAGCACUACUGGCGGCGUUAUGGCGAGAACUGUCAGGGCUGCGACGAGACGCUCCAACCGGGACUCGUCAUGGUCGCUGGAGAGCAGAAGUACCACCCUGAAUGCUUCACAUGUAUAAAGUGCCAGCUGUUCAUUGGAGAUGGAGACAGUUACACACUUGUGGAGCAUUCCCAACUCUUCUGCGGUCAAUGUUUCAGUCAGCGUGCAGCAUCAUCACCUUCAUCGCCACCCGUCAAGAGCCCCCACACGGUGGCGCUGGUGUCACUUCCUCCGCAGGCAAAAGGCCAUCGAGGUCUGAUGGUGGCCACUGAACCCGGCCAAGGAAGCGGCCCUCUGGUUACCGUGACUGCGAUAAACUCGGACGUCCUUGGUCCUGACCUGCUGUCUUCGGUCCACAUUGGAGACAAUAUCCUGGAGGUCAACGGCAUUCCCGUCCACAACGUUUGCCCAGACGAGGUAGACCAGGUGAUCCAGGACACAAGCAGACCGCUGCAGCUGACCGUUGAACACAAUCCACAGUCCAAUACUUCCACCAAGGUCCAUCAAGACCUCACCCGUGUCUGUGAAGAAGUGCCUUCGACACACAUGCUCCCGAACCUGGCGGAGGAGCCUGGCUUAGAGGUGGAGAUGCUGGAACCAAUCACAAUGAGUCUCUCCUCGCCUCAGCACCGAGGAACCAUGGGAAUGCGAUCCCGAAACAUCCUGCGCAGCUGCAGCAUCGAAAAGUCUUCCUUGUCGCUCCUAUCUCAAAAGAAAGACAUGGUGCGCUCCGAAUCUCUGCGUGCCGACCCCGGAGAUCGAACCCAUCGCAUAUUCAGGCCUUCGGACCUCGUCCACGGAGAGGUGCUCGGCAGAGGCUUCUUCGGACAGGCCGUCAAGGUGACACAUCGGGAGACAGGAGAGGUGAUGGUGAUGAAAGAGUUGAUACGUUUUGAUGAGGAGACGCACAAGACUUUCCUGAAGGAGGUGAAGGUGAUGCGCUGUUUGGAUCAUCCCAACGUCCUCAAGUUCAUCGGACUCUUUUACAAGGACAAGCACAUACACUUUGUGUCCGAGUACAUCCAGGGAGGAACGCUGAGAGAAACCAUCUCCAAAAUGGACAAUAACUUCUCAUGGAACAUCAGAGUGAGUUAUGCCAAAGACAUUUCAGCUGGAAUGGCUUAUUUACACUCCAUGAACGUCAUCCACAGAGAUUUAAACUCACACAACUGCCUGGUCAAAGAGAAUCAGUCCGUUGUAGUGGCAGAUUUUGGACUCGCUCGUUUGGUGACCGCAGAGAGGAAUCGCAGCAGAACUUCUUCUCUAGAGCGACCCCCAAAGGGAACGCUGUCGGACCUCCGCAAACCGGACCGCAGGAAGCGCUACACGGUGGUCGGAAACCCCUACUGGAUGGCCCCGGAGAUGAUCAACGGGAAAAGCUACGACGAACGCGUGGACGUCUUUUCCUUCGGAAUCGUGAUUUGCGAGAUCAUAGGAAGAGUGAGCGCCGACCCGGACUUCCUUCCUCGGAGUAACGACUUCGGUUUGAACGUGGCCGCGUUCAUUGAGCAGCAGCAGCCCUCGGCGUGCCCUUUGACCUUCCUACCACUGGCCGCCCUCUGCUGCGACCUGGAUGCCGACGAAAGGCCUUCCUUCUCCAAGCUGGAGGAGUGGCUGGAGAAUCUGCUGAUGCACUUGGACAUCGGCCUGCCGCUCCUCUCCGAGACGGAACAGCUCCGCAGAACCUUUUGGCACGAGCGCCGACGCGACUCCAAAGGGGAAACCUUGUCCGCUUCUUCUCCACGUUCUCCCAGUCCCGAGCCAUCUCCAGACAACGGGAAUAAUCCGAAUCAUCCUCAAAGUGCAAACGGCACACCUCAGAACACAAGUGAGCAACUGCAUCGAGAACGUGCGGAGCGAACAGCCGACGCCAGCUCGUCUUCAAACGCUUCCUCGGCGUCAGACUCUCCCGAAAGCCACGGCCGCGGACGAGAGCGCUCGGGAGAAAUCCAAAGGCGACCGGAACCCUCGCCAGUCGACGGUCCGGCGGGUCCGGAAGGAUCUGCAGAGUUUUGUGGAGCAGAACCACACAGGACCGACCCUCUUUUAUAGGAUGAGCGCCUCAUCUUG